AUGUUGGCGCGGUCUCCCGUUCCCUCCUCCAGCCCAGCCAAUGCAUCACCGCGGAACACCUUUCAGGUCUUCCAUCACUAUGCUCCUGCGCCCUCGCCGCGAUAUCCUUCUCCUCGGCUCCCGGCCGUUGCCCAGUCUCGCCGGCCGUCGACCGACUUCCCCGCCGCAGCGCCCGCAAGAGCAUCACCAACGCAGCCGAAGCGAUAUGUAGCCGUCGACGCCGCCACUCAGUACUCGCCAAUGGAGCCUAUGGAUUAUGCCACUGGCACAUUGCUCCCGCGAGUACCACCGACAACAACAGCAACAGCAGCAACAACACCAACAACAUCGACGACAAUCACCACCCCAAUCUCCACCAGCAAACCCGAUAAUCACACCAUAACUACCAAGGCCCGGAGUCCAAUGGCCGCCCCAAAAGAGCGGCCCGUCAUCGCCGCGCACCCGGGCCCGCGGCCACACAAACCGAUUUCUUCCGGGUCGAAGCAGUUUAUCGAUGCGCCGUCUCUCCCAACUUCUCCAUCUAAGCGAAAGAGUUCCCAAGAACCCGCUAGUAUAAGCGCCCUCGCCGCCGAGCCGCUCCAAAAUAACCCCUCAACCAUUGCCAAGCGCGCAAAACCCGAUACCGCACCACCAAAGGUCCUGCCACAACGUUACGAGCUCUGCGCGAUCGAAGAUGUGGUCGUGCUCAUUGCGCACAUGCUCGGCGAACUUAUCGAGACCAAUGAUACCCUUGCCCUCAAAUCGGGGCAUCUCACAAGAUUUCAUUCCCGAACGGCACCGGGAAUUUCAGUGCUGGAUUACCUUCACCGCCUCGCUAAACACGCGACUCUCACUCCCCCCCUCCUCCUCUCCAUGGUCUACUACAUCGACCGACUUUGCGCGCUCUACCCCGAUUUCACCAUCAACACGCUCACCGUCCACCGAUUCCUGAUUACCGCCGCUACGGUCGCGGCCAAGGGACUCUCGGACGCCUUUUGGAACAACUCCACAUAUGCCUGUGUAGGCGGCAUUAAGGUCGCCGAGCUCAAGCUACUGGAGCUCGAGUUCCUACACCGGGUCGACUGGAAGAUUGUGCCCAACCCAGAAGUGUUGGUGGCUUACUACCAGGGCCUUGUCGAGCGCUGUCCCGGCUAUACACUUGAAGCACCCGAAACUAACGAGGGAAGUGGGGAGAGUGAUGCCCUCGAUGACAGCGACGAGCUGGACGAUGACGAUACAACUGGAGAUGCGCAUGGGUCUGCCUCUGAGAAUGGGCUCACCCCGAGCGGGCGACCGUCACCAACCGGUGCCUAG